AUGUUUUACAGUCACGAAAUACUCACCUCUCCCGAACACGGUGUCGCUACGAUAUGGCUGGUCGCAACGCUAGGACCAAGAUCCAUUACGAAGAAGCUCAACAGAAAAGCGAUACUGGACGUUGACGUUCCUAAAGCCUGCAACGUCAUCAUGGACCCUGCGGCGCCAAUGGCAUUGAGACUUCAAGGAAAUUUGCUAUAUGGCGUUUCAAAGGUGUACAAUCAGCAAUGCGGCUAUGCACUGAUGGACGUCCAGACGAUGCAUGAUAGAAUGAAAGUGAUGUUGCGAGUUGUACCGGGGGGAGGACUGGAUCCAUUAGCUGGCAAGGCUAGACCAGAUCAACUGAUCCUUCCUUACGAUCCCUCAUUUGCGCCCGAAAAUGACAUUCCCGGAAUGGAUAUCGAUCUAUCGAAAUGGAUAAUUGCGUUUGACGCAGAGACAAAUCAGGACUCCGAUCUCGAGUGGCCCAGAACUCCAGACCUCAGCCAGUCCGCUAUCUCGCGCAACACCAGCCUGCAGCUCAGCUUUUCCUCCGCGGAUAUAAUGAUGGGAGAUCUGGUGAGAUUUGGCUCGGAGACUGAUGUGGGCUCUGUGCAACGAAGCACAGACUUUGCGAGACUUGCGGUCUCUGCCCUUGGUGAAGAACAAGGGAUCCUGCUUCAACCUGACUUUGAGUUUGAUGAAGAUGGAAAUAUCGUUGAGCUGGGAGGACCUCAUCUCCGAGGUGAAGUUAGACAGCAGAGUGAACGCAGGUUGGAAACACCUACAAUCGUUGCACAGGGAGAUAUCACAGUGGAUGAUAUCUUUGGUGAUGAUCAACUCAUGAACAUGAACGACGAUAUAGUCCUCAAUCUCGAAGACCGAGCUCAUACCCCAGAAGCAGAUAUUCGGCAAUCUAUCGAGCACCAGACUGCAGCCGAAGGAAGAGACGAAAUGGAUAUCCGUCCAGAUGCAGCUGAGGCCACAAUGCGCCAGCCACGACGACGACCCAUUCAACUGAUACCUCUAGACUCUUCGACUGUGUUGCAAAAUACCGAGCUAGUAAACCAGAUGGAUAAAUACUUGCACAACAUGGCUUCUGCUUUGGAGCAGCGCCAGCAGAACCAGAUUUCCCUCCAGGCCAAGGAAAACGCAGCCUUCUGGGUUUUCGGUAAGGGAAUCGGCUCCGUCGGUAUAGGUGUGGGUGUCACCCAGUUUGCCCACCCUCUGCAGCUUUUCUCGGGUGAAGAGCUAUAUGAUAAUUUAAGCCCUUUGGGUAUGCCUAAGAAACGCAAACGUGGUCGUCCAGCAGGCAAAAAUGGCGAUGUGGAAUCGGAAUCACGCCGCGUGCGCGCAAGAGAAGAGCUCGAAGAGCAAGUUGGUCGUGGUGACGAUGAUGGCGUUAUUAACUGGCAAGAGGAAGUUGAAAUCGGCCGUCAAGCCUCAGUCAUCCGUGAGGACAGCUCGAUCAUGCCCUGGAACAUCACCGCAUCUGUCCAAAGCUCCCACCACGGCUCCGUCACCGCGAACAUCUUCCGCGGACUAGGAAGCGUCAGUGACUUUUCUUCCCACGGAUUUGGCGAACCUUCAGGACUGGGACUACAACGGAGCCGUUUGACCAAUGCCAGCCCCCUCGCCGGACGCGGCUAUCCACCCGACAUAGAAGGACUUCCUGGUUUCGGAGACAACGAGCUCGAAGACUUCGACCUGAGCCAUUACCUCCAGACCGAACUCCACGCCGACGAUUACGCAACUGCAAUGCCCAUGGACCUCGACACCACUGGCUCAAACAAAGGCAAGGAACCAAUGAGAGACCCUCCCCUCCCUCUUCGAGAACGAAUCAUACAAUCAAACCUGGAUCAAGACAGCUUGAACUUCCUCGAAUUCGUCAUGAAGAAAAUCGAGGACUUGAGUAUGAAAUCGACUGAAGAGGACCAGGUACAGGCAGACGCGGAUCCAUCCAUCCAGUUGAAAGGCCUACCUUUUUCGACUCUGCUCCCGCAUAGAAAAACCUCCCGUGCCGUCGCGACCCACGGCCUCGCACAUACCCUUGCCCUCGCAACUAAGGGUAUCCUUUCUGUUAGACAGGAUGCUUGUACUGAUCUGACCACCGAGGAGUACGGUGCUAAAUACGAUUAUGGAGAGAUAUUCCUGCGACUGGCAUAG